AUGAUAGAUGUUUCUACAGGAGGAUCGGUGAUGAAACUUGAUGUGGAUGAGGCAUAUGACUUGUAUGAAAGAGUAGCUGAGAAUCAAUCGACGUGGCCUACCGAUGGGGAAACUCCAAGGAAGACAACAGGACUGCAUAAUGUAGAUGCAGUAACAGCGCUGGCUGCACAAAUGGAAGUUCUUACAAUGAAAAUGGAUAAUCUAUCUCAGUCAGUUAAUAUGGUACAUCAAUCUCCACCGGUCUGUGAAGGUUGCGGAGCUGAUCAUAAUACUACGCACUUUCCUCUGGCAUCUACACAUGUUAACCAGUCUGAAGAAGUGAACUAUGCGCAGAACUUUCAGAGACAGCAAAAUAAUCCCUUCUCCAACACAUUUAAUCCGGGUUGGAGAAAUCAUCCAAACUUUUCGUGGUCUAGCAAUCAGGGACAAGGACAAGGAGGCCUCAAUCAAGAACUUGGAACAACGGGUGGGAUAGAUUGCAGCCGCAUUAUCAGUAGAGCUCAAAGGACGUUACCUAGCAAUACUGAGACAAACCCUAAGGAGCAGGUCAAAGCCAUAACUAUAAGGAGUGGAGUCCAGCUACCAGAAAUACAUGUAAAGCGGCCCGUAACUAUCACAGAAAAGGCACCUACAACGGGUGAAGAGCAAGUUGAUAAAUUAGACAAAACAACAGAGGAAAAUCAAAUCGAGUCAUCGGGCAGUCCACGAGUUAAGACAAGCACUCCUGUCAAAGCAUAUGUGCCUCCAAUCUCAUUUCCACAAAAACUACAAAAACACAAGCUAGAUAAGCAGUUUCAGAAAUUUUUGGAUGUAUUUAAGAAGCUACACAUUAACAUAUCGUUCGCUGAAGCCCUAGCUCAAAUGCCCAACUACGCCAAGUUUAUGAAAGACAUCUUAUCAAACAAGAGGAAGCUAGAAGACAAUGAAACGGUCAUGCUUACUGAGGAGUGCAGCGCAAUUUUCCAACACAAAUUACCACCGAAACUAAACGACCCAGGGAAUAAGGCAUUAUGUGAUUUAGGAGCUAGUAUCAAUUUAAUGCCCUUAUCUCUUUUCAAGAAACUAGGGUUGGGGGAAGCAAAAGCGACUACAAUUUCACUGCAGUUAGCCGAUAGGUCAAUCAAGCACCCACGAGGUAUUUGUGAAGAUAUUUUGGUCAAGGUCGAUAAGUUUAUCUUCCCAGUGGACUUCAUUAUUUUGGAUAUGGAAAAAGAUCGAGACGUCCCCCUCAUAUUGGGUCGCCCAUUUUUGGCUACGGGAAGGGCUCUGAUAGAUGUGCAAAAGGAUCAGUUAAUAUUGAGGUUAGAUGAAGAGGGACUGACAAUCAACGUGUUUAGAGCCUUCAAAUUUCAGAAUGAACUAGAUUCUUGCAUGCAGAUUGACAUAAUAAGGGAAGCAGUGUUAGAGGCAUUUAAACUUGAUCACCCUCAAGAUCCGCUUGAGGCUUUCUUGGUGCAUUAUCAAGAAUCACCAUCGAAAAAAGAGGAAGCAGAAGACUGUGCACAUUAUUUGGUAGCCAUACCACCACUUUUCAAGCGGCCAUGUUUGGAGCUCGGCGAAAGACCCACAAAACCUCUACCAUUUAUACUACAAGCUCCAACUCUUGAACUUAAACAAUUGCCCAUUCAUCUGCGCUAUGCUUAUCUGGGGCAAAAGAAUUCGCUCCUAAUAAUUAUCUCGAACAAUCUUACAGAAUUAGAGGAAGAUCAACCGCUAAGAGUACUUCGGGAGCACAAGACAGCAUUAGGAUGGACUAUAUCAGACAUAAAAGGAAUCAGCCAUUUGCUUUGCAUGCACAAGAUACUGAUGGAAGAUGAUUCAGUUGAGCAUCAACGCAGAUUAAACCCGAAUAUGCAGGAGGUGGUAAGAAAAGAAGUAUCAAAGCUUUUGGAUGCAAGGAUAAUCUAUCCCAUAUCAGACAGCCAUUGGGUCAGCCCAGUACAAGUAGUGCCGAAAAAAGGAGGAAUCACGGUGGUUCCAAAUGAAAAUAACGAGCUCAUCCCGACAUGGACAGUCACUGGUUGGAGAGUUUGCAUCGAUUAUCGCAAACUCAACAACGCCACUAGGAAAGAUUACUUUCUCCUCCCUUUCAUUGACCAAAUGUUGGAGAAACUCGCUGGACAUGCAUACUACUGUUUCUUAGAUGGUUAUUCGAGGUACAACCAGAUUUCUAUAGCACCGGAUAAUCAAGAAAAGAUAACCUUUACAUGCCCUUAUGAUACUUUUGCUUAUAGGAGGAUGCUCUUCGGCCUUUGCAAUGCUCCGGCCACCUUUCAACGUUGUAUGAUGUCGAUUUUCUCAGACAUGGUGGGACAUAUUAUUGAGGUGUUUAUGAAUGAUUUCUCAGUGUUUGAAAAAUCAUUUAAGGAGUGCCUUGAACACUUGGGAAAAUUGCUGCAGAGAUGUGAAGGCGCAAACCUUGAGAAGAAUUCCCAUGUUAUACACUAUGCCAGUAAGACUUUGGAUGAGGCUCAAAUGAAUUAUGCGACUACAAAGAAAGAGCUUUUGGCAGUAGUGUUCGCCGUUGACAAAUUUAGAUCAUACUUGAUUGGGUUAAAAGUGAUUGUCUAUACAGAUCAUUCAGUCUUAAAAUAUCUACUAAGCAAGAAGGAUGCGAAGCCGAGGCUUAUUCGAUGGAUACUCCUAUUGCAAGAGUUUGAUUUGGAGAUCAGAGAUAAAAAGGAGAGUGAGAAUGUUGUGGUAGAUCACCUUUCUCGCUUUGAAUCGCAUAAGUCAAACCCUACAGUGGAGAUCAAUGAAGUUUUUCCUGAUGAAAUGCUUUUUUAG